AAAUGGAAGAACGAAAAAGUCAAAGAACUGCUCCAGAAGCCCUUUAGUCUAUCUACUCUGUUCCACCCUGAUGCUUUUUUGGCCUCUCAUAAGCAGGAUUUUUCUCGGUCAGCAAAAGUGCCUAUGGAUGAACUAUUGCUUCAAACCAAUUGGAGAUCUAAACACGAUUCGGUAAUUUUAACGGAUUUGCUCGUUGAAGGGGGUAUUUUUGAAAACGGGGCUAUGAAGCACUGUUCUCCGAAUUCGGAAAAUAUCAACACUGUACCUAAUUGUUACCUCAAUUGGGUUGAAAAGAAGAAUGUAUUGGACCAAGACAAAUACAUUGACGUGCCUGUAUACACCACAUCUAGCAGAGAUAAGAAGAUUUUCUUAGUGCAAAUAUCCUGUGACGCAAAACAGAAAGACGAAUGGAUUCAAUGCGGUAUAGCUUUCUAUCUAGAGCAAUAAUAAUGUCAUUGUUAGUUGAGAUAAGUAUUCAUUAAAGUCAUUAUCGAUAAAAAAUUCGUUUUUACUCACA